GGCGCGCGGCGGCAGACUGGUGCAGCGCCCGGCGCUCACGGCGGGAUCUUCUCCUCCUCAACCUCCUCCUCCUCCUUCUCUUCCUCCUCCUCCUGGGAGCCUUGACGGUACCUUCUCCUCCGCCCGGCUCAUCGACGCCGCCGCCGCAGCCGCCGCCGUAUCUCCGCCGCCGCGGUGCCCCGAGGAGUAGGAGAAGGCGCAGCUGGGCCGCCGCCGUUAGAGGGGUCCCCGGCUGCCGCUCGCUCCGUCGGCCGUCGCCUCCGAGGUCAACCCUUCCGCGGGGGUCUCCCCUUUCUUCUCCCAACGCCCCCGGCGCCCGCUUACCGCCGCGAUGGGGCUCCUGGACGCGGAGCCUGGCAGUGUCCUGAAUGUGGUGUCCACGGCGCUCAACGACACGGUGGAGUUCUACCGCUGGACCUGGUCCAUCACAGAUAAACGCGUGGAAAAUUGGCCUCUGAUGCAGUCUCCCUUGCCUACACUUUGUAUAAGCACUCUUUACCUCCUGUUCGUGUGGCUGGGUCCAAAAUGGAUGAAGGACAGAGAACCUUUUCAGAUGCGUUUAGUGCUCAUUAUCUAUAAUUUUGGGAUGGUUUUGCUUAACCUUUUUAUCUUCAGAGAGUUAUUCAUGGGAUCAUAUAAUGCAGGAUAUAGCUAUGUUUGCCAGGGUGUGGAUUAUUCUGAUGAUGUUAAUGAAGUCAGGAUAGCUGCUGCUCUGUGGUGGUACUUCAUAUCUAAGGGAAUUGAGUAUUUGGACACAGUGUUUUUCAUCCUGAGGAAGAAAAACAACCAAGUCUCUUUCCUUCACGUAUAUCAUCACUGUACAAUGUUUACAUUGUGGUGGAUUGGAAUUAAGUGGGUCGCAGGGGGACAGGCAUUUUUCGGAGCCCAGCUGAAUUCCUUCAUCCAUGUGAUUAUGUAUUCAUACUAUGGGUUGACUGCCUUUGGCCCGUGGAUUCAGAAGUAUCUUUGGUGGAAACGAUACCUGACCAUGUUGCAGCUGGUUCAGUUCCACGUGACCAUCGGGCACACAGCGCUGUCCCUCUACACGGACUGCCCCUUCCCCAAGUGGAUGCACUGGGCGCUCAUCGCCUACGCCAUCAGCUUCAUCCUCCUCUUCCUCAACUUCUAUGUACGGACCUACAAAGAGCCCAAGAACGCGAAGCCUGGAAAACCGGCCGUGAACGGCGUCUCAGCAAACGGUGUAAGCAAGUCAGACAAGCACCUAGGGCUGGAAAACGGAACAAAGCAGAAAAACGGAAAAGCGAAAGGAGAGUAAACUGAACUGGGCCUUAACGGUUGCUGACAAUGAGGAAGCUCCCAUUUCAUACAGGAUUUCAGGGAAAAGAGCAGCAAAUGAGGGUUUGGGGUUUUGGGGAGAAGAAGACAAAUGUGCUCUAUGUAUUAGUAACCUUUAGAUUGAGUAAAGUGUUAAAUACAACACCCAGAUGUUUUAUUUAUGAAGUUUUUAUUUUAAACAUUUUUUUUUAUUAGCCUUGAUGUUGUCAGACCAAAGCAAUCAUUACAUGACUUUAGAGGCCCUCCCUCUGUUCACAUGUGUUUGUCUAACGCAUGAGACUUUUCAGGUACCUUCGUUCUUCAAUCCGAUGAUCACAGAAACACGGUCUUUAUGCAUUUUUUUUUUUUUUGGUUGCUAAAUUACUUAUUACCUACUGACGAAAAUCAGUGACCUUCCAUUUUCUGGUCCCGAGCUGGAAAUGUGCACAUUUGAAUUCAUUUGCUGACUGGAAUGGUCAAAUCGCUCCACCUCUAGUCCGAAGAUACCCUUUUGAUUGUUAUUAAAUUUUAAAAAUCUGAUGAUUUCUGUAGACUCUUAGAGGCUUGAUGAUGAUGGUGUUGGUGAAAAUAAGAAUUACAGUAAAAUCCUGUCUGGCGACUCAGAGGUCACCAUGACUUGCAGCGCAAAUCACUGUGGGAAACAAUUUUUGUGAUGAGAAGGCAGCCUUUCAAUACUCCUGUUACUACCAGAAAUAUAUUAUGAAAAUUAAGAUUAUUGUCUGAUUGGAAAUGAAACAACUCAUGUCUUUAUUAGUAACAUCAUAAAAUAGUUACAUUUAUGGGCUUUUAGAAGAGUAUGUUGAUUUCUUAUCAGGCUUUCCUUGUUUUGAUUUGUGGCUGUUACCGAUUUUUCAUAUAUGGAAAUAUACCUACCUCUUCUGUUGGAAAGAACAUUUAAAAUUAAAUAAAUUUUAAU